AAAAUGAAAAAAAAAAAGAAAAAAUAGAGGGAAAAAAAAAAAAACCUUUGUUGUACUUGCUUCAUAGCCAGAAGGCAGAAGCAGAUUCUAGAAGAUAAUACUCUCUCCCUCUUCCACCACCAAAACCCGUAUUAUAGGCUUCUAGGGUUUAUAGCCCGACGAGCCAUUGCCGCCGUUUUCGGCUCACUGCCACCACUUCCGCAGCUGCAAUCACUUCGUUCUAUCUCCCUAAUGCAAACUGGUGUUUGAUAAAAACGAAUGGGUAGCAGCACUAGGUUCCUAACGAUCCUUUCCCCUUCUUCCCCUCUCCUUCUACACCACCGUCAUACCACUUCCUCCCUUCUCCGCCUCACCCGCCACCGCAUCCAGCUAUCCUUCCUACGCCAACACCACUUCCCGCCACCUCGCCCUUCGCUAUCCACCACUAAAACCAAAAAACAUUCGUCCCUUUUUAUUCCCAGACCUUCCCCACGCAAUUUUCACACCCAACCCGCCUCCUCAAAUUUCGCUAGUUCCUCCGUAUUGGCCCCACCCAAUCAUCCAUGGCCCGAAUUCUCCGCUCUUGUUAACAACAUCUCAGCCGCCGGCUACUUCGAUGCCCCCCAUACUUCCAGUGAGCUUGCGGUGGAUGCUUCCCUGUUCUCGGAUGAGCUUCUAGUUGUGCUCAAUGCCUGCUUGGCUUUUGCGCGUGAUAAAACUGAUCUUCUAAGAUUGCUCUCGAGGAAGGAGAUUGAGGCGGUGGUGCAAAAUGGGAAGCCUUUUUUGUUCAAGGAUGGCGAGGAGUCUGCACGGAGGUUGAUUUUGUUUCUAAAUAGCAGUGAAAGCAAUGUUGCGGAUGUUGAUAAAGCGAACAUGGUUGAUUUAAUGAGUUUUUUAUUGAGUUAUGCAAGCAAUGUUACCAUUUCCUUAGAGAGAAGCAGUCUUUACAACUCAGACCUUGUUGAAUCAUCAGUCCGGCAUUUGCUGGGUGAGUUGGCAAAACUGAGUGACAGCUCCCGUGUUUCAAACUAUUUCGAACAUGAGCAAACUCAACUCCCAGAGAGAAAUGGGCAAAUGUCAAGGUCUUUUGGGCCGAACAUUGAAAUGAAAAGAGGCGAUUGGACUUGCCCAAGGUGUAAUUUUAUGAACUUUGCAAGAAAUGCGAAAUGCCUUGAGUGUGAGGAAGCACGGCCCAAGAGGCAAUUGACUGGUGGAGAGUGGGAGUGUCCCCAAUGUGAUUUCUUUAAUUAUGGAAGGAAUACGGUAUGCUUGAGGUGUGAUUGCAAGCGACCUGGACAUAUCUCACUUGGUAAUACCCACUCAAAGCCAGGUUUAGCAUACAAUACUGGGACUUCUUCAAAUAAGGCUGAUCUCGAUAGGCGGUUAGCUGCCAAUGAAGAGAAGGCACAACGAUGGUUUAGUAAGGUUUCUCAGCUUGACAGUACUGCUGAUGUGAGCAGUGCCAUAGCAGAUGAAGAUUUUCCUGAAAUCAUGCCUUUGAGGAGAGGCGUGAAUAGAUUUGUUGUGAGUACAAGGAAAUCACCUCUGGAGAGGAGGUUGGCCAAUGCUCAGUACCGUAGAAACAUGGAUAAUGAUGGCAUUCCUGAACGUGACGAUUUCCAGACUGGGGAAGUCAAUAAGACCCUGGACACGAAAGUUAGCCGGAGUUUAGAUGAGGUUCUUGGUCGUUCAUCUACCCCUUCCGGAUCUAACGAUGGUAGCGUCAAUAGCAGAGCGGAGAAUGGUCAUCCUAGGGGAACUAAGUCCAAUUAUGUUCCAUUUGUGCCAUUACCUGCAGAUAUGUUUGCGAAGAAACCUGAAAAUUCAGAAAUACAGGAGAAGAAUCUGAACGUUAUGUCAAAUGACCAUGACUCUGUUGUGUCGAAUGCAGUUGGACAAAUGGAUGAUGUUUCUGGGAGUGAAGAGUUGCAAAAGUCUCUACAAAGUCGGCAACAUUCUGAGACAUUAAUGAAUGAGAAAGAAAGCAUUGAUAAAGAGGUAGAACAAGCUGAAAAAUCUGACAGAUGGUUUAAGAAAGUUACAGAGCUCCAUAAUGUUACAGAUCUUGCCAAUGCAAUUCCAGAUGAGGAUUUUCCUGAAGCCAUGCCUAUGCGCAAAGGAGAGAAUAAAUUUGUAGUCAGCAGAAAGAAAGACCGUUCUUUGACUUCUCCGACUUACAAGAGGCGUGCAGCAACGGAGCAAGCAGGCAAUACCAAUUAUGUUCCUUUUGUCCCGUUCCCAUCGGAUUACUUUGCUAAAAAGGAUAAACAGCAAGGUAAUGGAACAGAUUCUAGUGCAAAAGCAGCUCGUGAAACUCCAACCUCUGCAACACUAGAGAAGCCUUCAGAGAAGUUAUCCGAGGUGUCUGUUGCAGAUACGCAGCCGGCCCAAAACUGGAACCCUAAACCUUCUGGAGAGAACUCAAGUGAGACAAGGAGAGAUGCAGCUUAUCCGGCACAGACUAGUGGAUAUUCAAACCCGAAUUCUAUCAAUCCCCAAACGAGUAAUAAUGACAGUAGGAAACAGGUGACGGAUUUGACGGGAAGUCCAUCUCAACAAUCUGAGUAUCAGAAUGUUAGGAGUACUUGGAGUGGAAAGAGUUUGGAAGGUUCAGCAGUGAAAGAACCAGAUCCAUUGGACAUGUCGGAGGAGGCCAAAGCAGAGAGGUGGUUUCGCCGUGUUGCUCAGAUAAAGGACAUUUCAGAGCUCAGCCAGAUCCCCGACGAAGAUUUCCCAUCGAUAAUGCCGAUGAGGAAAGGGGUGAAUAGGUUUGUCGUGAGCAAACGGAAAACACCACUGGAGAGGAGGUUGACAUCCCAACAGUAUCGUAAAAAUCUUCCAGUUGCGAACUCGGAUCCUUGCAAAAAUGGAACUGAUAGUAGCUAAGGUAAACAAAACAAACUUAUUGUUUCCAUAUUAUACAUUAUUUGAAACAUCCAAUCAUGCUGUUUAUUUCUGUUCUAUACAUAAGAGAAGGAUGAUGAAACUUUCACCAGAAUGUGGUCUUGUCUUCCAUUUAAACAUUUUGGUGUACUUGAGCCUUUUACUAUGGCAAAAUGAACUUCUCUUGAGAUUGAA